AUGGCUGCCAGUGGGGCAAAAGGCAGGCCACCUGGAGGGAGCCACAGAGCAGAGCCUGGACCCACUCGUGGGCAGCCCAUCGCAGACCUGAGCCCAUCGCAGGAGAAGUCGCUGGCCCAGUUCCGGGAGAACAUCCAAGAUGUGCCAUCUGCCUUGCCCAGUCCUGAUGACUACUUCCUCCUGCGCUGGCUCCGAGCUUGGAGCUUUGACCUGCAGAAAUCAGAGGACCUGCUGCGGAAGCAUAUGGAGUUCCGGAAGCAACAAGACCUGGCCAGCAUCCUUGCCUGGCAGCCCCCAGAGGUGGUCAGGCUGUACGACGCCAACGGCAUAUGCGGCCAGGACGGUGAGGGCAGCCCUGUCUGGUAUCACAUCAUGGGAAGCCUGGACCCCAAGGGCCUCUUGCUCUCGGCCUCCAAACAGGAGUUGCUCGGCGACAGCUUCCAGAGCUGUGAGCUGCUCCUGCGGGAGUGUGAGCUGCAGAGUCAGAAGCUGGGGAAGAAGGUGGAGAAAAUCACAGCUGUUUUUGAUCUUGAGGGGCUGGGCCUGAGGCAUCUGUGGAAGCCAGGAAUAGAGCUGCUCCAGGAGUUUUUCUCAGCACUUGAGGCAAAUUACCCUGAGAUCUUGAAGAAUUUAAUUGUUGUGAGAGCCCCCAAGCUAUUCGCCGUAACCUUCAACCUGAUCAAGUCUUACAUGAGUUAAGAGACACGCAGGAAGGUGGUGAUUCUGGGAGACGACUGGAAGCAGGAGCUGACAAAAUUCAUCAGCCCCGACCAGCUGCCCGUGGAGUUUGGGAGGACCAUGACUGACCCCGAUGGCAACCCCAAGUGCCUGACCAAGAUCAACUACGGGGGUGAGGUGCCCAAGAGCUUCUACCUGUGCAAUCAGGUGAGGCUGCAGUAUGAGCACACAGUGUCCGUGGGCUGCGGCUCCUCCCUGCAGGUGGAGAACGAGAUCCUGUUCCCGGGCUGUGUGCUCAGGUGGCAGUUCGCAUCGGAUGGCAGGGACAUUAGCUUUGGGGUUUUCCUGAAGACCAAGAUGGGGGAGCGGCAGAGGGCUAGGGAGAUGACAGGGGUGCUGCCCAGCCAGUGCUACAACGCCCACCUGGUGCCCGAGGACGGGAGCAUCAUCUGCCUUAAGGUCAGCAGCUAUGUCCUGAGGUUUGACAACACCUACAGCCUGGUUCAUUCUAAAUGCAUCAGCUACACCGUGGAGGUACUGCUCCCAGACCAAACCUUCAUGGAGAAGAUGGAGAAAUUCUAGCAUCUGAGGAUCUGCUUGAGCUCUGGAUCUUCAUCCAGUCUCCUGAUUAAGAUUUCAGACUGGCUGGCACAGUGGCUCACACCUGUAAUCCCAGCACUUUGGGAGGCUGAGGCACAUGGAUUGCUUGAGGCCAGGAGUUUGAGACCAGCCUGGGCAACAUGGCGAAACCCCGUCUCUACACAGCAUACAAGAAUUAACUGGGUAUUGGCCGGGCACGGUGGCUCACACCUGUAACCCCAGCACUUUGGGAGGCUGAGGCAGGUCAGCCCAAGGCCACCCCCUCGGUCACUCUGUUCCCGCCAUCCUCUGAGGAGCUCCAAGCCAACAAGGCCACACUGCUGUGUCUCAUGAGUGACUUCUAUCCAGG